UUAUUGAAGUGAACACAAAAAGAGGCUUGGUAAGGGUUGAAAGGGAGAACGAGCCCUAAUGUUUGACUGUCAGUCAGACUAGCCAGUUACAAGUCAAGUAGUACAAUGGAAGGCCGGGCUAUCGCUACAGCGAAUCAGAAGAGAGCACCGUGAGAGAUGCUAAUAGGUGAUUGGAUGAAAUCCGUUCGCCUUUUGCCAACCGGAAAAGUUUUGACUACUGCGGGCAAUUCAAACAGUGUAAAAGGGAAGUUCGAAGGGCGGAAAUAGCAAUUGGACGGAUUCCUGCAAUAAAGAGCUAAACCGGCACUAUGUCAACUGGGACCUUCACCUUUAAAGACAGGUGUGUUUCUGUGCUGUGCUGCAGGUUCUGUGAUCAGCUACUGAGCAUCCGAGGAAUGACUGCUCAGCUACUGGCGGGUACAGACCAGGAGAUGUUUUCUACUGAUAUUCCUCCCACCAAGGCUGUGGACUUUGUGGGAAGCUGUUAUUUCUUGGAAGCGUGCAGAUGCAAACUGAAAAAUAUUGCAUGCUUGAAAUGUGGUAAUGAGGUUGGCUACCACGUGGUGGCUCCAUGCCAACAUUGCCUCCUGUCCUGUAACAAUGGACACUUCUGGAUGUUCUACAGCAAGUCUGUGUGUGGCACUGCCCGGUCAGAUUCUUCAGGAACAAAUAUGCUGCUUUGGAAAGACCUUCCAGAUACAGAUGAGGAGCAUGAAGAAUUGUUUAUUGGCCGAGAAGAAGAACAAGAACAGUACUUGAGAUAGCAAACACUUUGUUCAGAAACGAGUUUCUGAAUAUGCAUUGAGAGCUCUGCUUUAUGUAUGGGAUUGAUACUGAUCCAGUAUAAAUAGGAUGCAAAAUAAUCUUCUGAAUGAAAACCUGCCGUUGCUUAUGGCAUUUUAAAACAUAGUAGCACUUAUAUUGUACAGAAAAUCACAGAGAGAGACUGCAACUUCUGUACAGAUUACCUUUUUUUUUUUUUGCAGUACAAGAAGUGGAUGUGAAUUUUGUGUUGAUUUUGAGAUAUUCUAUGAAAUGUGCUAGUAUUUGAUAAACUUGAAUGUAUAGUAUUUCAGCAUUUAUACUUUUAGUUAGUUACAUUACAUCUCCUGGAAUUCCUUGAACAAAAACCAGCUUGAGCGCUUAAGUAUUAUACAACAGUUUGUAUACAAUUAUAGCAGGAGGAUUUCAACUUUGGUCCUAUAUGGUAAUGCUCAUGCUUUGGUGCAACCGCACAAUCUUUAGAGUUAGAACCAGAAAGUUGUACAACUGUCCUUUUUCUUUUAUUAGGAAUCCCUAAGAUUUAUUGGAAAUAAGUUAUCUAACUAAAAUUCACAUUUUUAAUUGUAAAAUGCAUGUUGAAAGACAAUUAGCCUGGCACUGUCAUGACCAGAUUCUCCAAUAUCAUUCUUGGACUUUUGUCAGUUAUUCUGUCAACCUAAUUGAUCUGUUUGUGCUUAAAAGUUUUUUCCAGAGUGGUACUCCCGGUUAUAGUGACAAAUAUUUAUUAUUUGGCUUUCAAAGCAAAUAAGAGAAAAUUUCAAAAAUGUGCAAAUAAAUCAAGUUGUAUUAGCCUGAUUCUGGCAGCCAACAUAUUAUGUUUUAUUUAUAAGUAAUAUUUAAAAGUUUUAAAACUGCGGUUUAAACAAACCGUAAAUAGAGCUCCUCGAGCAGAAAGCUGUACUGAACUGUUUCAUUUUGUAAUUUGAUGGGAGGCUUGCCAUUUUCAUACUUUUGCAUUGAUUUGAAUAUAAGACUGGAAUAUCAAUAGGAGAGGGCCUAAAUAGUAAGAUGAAUGUGUUAUGUAUUGACUGUUAAUGUAAUGCCAGUAGAUGGUGCUGUUACAGGUUAAACUGAGAUGUGUCACUCUGCUCUGCUGAUAAUUGUUUCCCAAGUAUCUGCCUCUCUAUCUCUCUUUUCUCCUAACUUGUUGGCAGUUCAGCCAUGCUUUCCUCCCUAUUAAAGUUUGUUCUACGCCCA